CACCAACAUCGCACGAGCACGAGCACAAGCACGAGCUGAAGCUUCGCUGCCAGUGAUCAGGAAGUGAAAGAAUACGCAUGGAGGGUGUGUCUUUCGCUUCCUGGCUAUGCUUUAUUUCCAAUAACACGGUCCUCCUUGGAUAAUCGAAUGGGCGACUCGGCGAGGUCCAAGCGGCGGGAGCAGCUAAAGCGCUGGGCCGGUUCCUGUACCGACAAAGCGUCGGCCUUGCCCCGGCGGAGAUGGCGAGGCGAUGUCGUGGAAAGAGGAACCGAGGAGUCAGAGGCCGAGCUGCAGGAGCCUCCAAGUGAGCAGCUCAUUUCGAGAAGCGAUGAAAGCAGCCCGCUCCUCAAGAGAAGAAAACGGGUGAGGUUUGACCGAGCUGCAGAGUUCCUGGCUGCGUGUGCCAGCGGAGACACAGAUGAGGCCCGAGUGAUGCUACAAGAGGCCAAGGACACAAUGAGCAGCAACAAGGAGGAUGGACCAGAAAUUGUUAACUGCUCCAAUGCUGAUGGAAUAACUGCGUUACAUCAGGCCUGCAUCGAUGGUAGCAUGGAGAUGGUGUCAUUUCUUCUGGAGCAUGGUGCCAAUGUGAACCAGGUUGACAGUGAGGGCUGGACACCCCUACACGUCGCUGCCUCCUGCGGCUACCCUGAUAUAGCAGAUUUCCUUUUGCGGCAUGGAGCUUCUCUCUCUGCUGUCAAUUGUGAUGGUGACGUUCCUGUGGACAUCGCCCUGGAUGAAACCACUGAGGCCCUUCUCCAGGAAUACACUCUGAGACAAGGUUUGGACUUAGAGGCCGUAAAGCGGGUAGAGGAAGAGCAGAUCACAACAGAUGCUCGGACCUGGCUGACUGAGGGACCACCUGCUGACAUACGACAUCCAAGAACUGGAGCAACUCCUCUCCACGUGGCUGCGGCCAAAGGCUACGUGGAAGCGCUCAAGCUACUUUGUCAAUGUGGGCUGGAUGUGUCGGCCAUGGACUUUGAUGGGUGGACGCCUCUACACGCUGCUGCACACUGGGGUCAGGGGGAGGCCUGUCACAUUUUAGCUGAGCAGAUGUGCAAUAUGGAAGCCCGCAGCUGCUCAGGUCAGACGCCUUUGGAUGUAGCAGAUGAAAGUGUGGAAGAGCUCCUGGAGGAAUUAGCUCUGAAACAAGCCAAUUGGCGCAACGAGCAGUCCAUACGAGAACGGCAAAACCAACAAGGUGCUACCACUGUAAAUGCGCAAAGUAAAAAACGGAGGAGCUCAGUGUGCAGAAUGAGCAGUAAAGAAAAGUUGAACCUUCAAGACCAAUCGAAAGAAAGGGGUGUCUCAGGAGGCCUGGAGCUAAGCGAGGACAAGGAGAGCAGUCCAGAGAGCUCCACCGUGUCCAGUCCAGACACUGAGAGUGGGACCACGUCUGCAGCCAGUCCAGUUGACAAGACAUCAGACGAGAGAGGCGGCGAGGAUAAUAGGGAACAGGACAAGGCAGUUCGCACUGCGAGGGUCCAGCCCACCCCACAAACGAGGGAAAGCACGUCCGAGAGUCCUAACACACCUACUACUGAGCGGCGCAAGUUUCAGGCUCCAGUCAGAGAUGAGGAGUCUGAGUCUCAGAGGAAAGCUCGCUCUCGACUUUUGCGCCAGUCCCGCCGCUCCACUCAGGGUGUGACCUUAACAGACCUAAAGGAAGCUGAGAAGACCAUGUCGAAGGCUGCUGAUCCCCUGCUUCGUAACGUUCAGCCCGUCAGCCCCAUCAUCACGCUCACUCUAGCUGAGAGGGAUACAGACCCAGUGAAGCAGGAGGAGCCUGAGGGCGACAGGCGUCUGGGAGCAAAGGACAGGAGGCGAGCGAGAAAGGAGAGGCGCUCCACUGGCGUCAUUCAGCCGGGUGGAGAGAAUGAUGAUGAGGAUGGCCAUUUUGAUGAAAACGACCCCUCCGUUGCGAGUGGAUUAGAGGACGCUGACUACAGGAUGCUCUACUUCCAGGUACUGCAGCAGAACCUGGCACUGAAGGACAAGUUGCAAGAGACGGAACUGCUGCUCAGCCAAAAUAAAGUGGAGCUAGAAAGACUCAGACAGAGUCAAGAUGGCAGCACAGAUAGACCUGCCCUGUUGGAGCUGGAGAGAUUUGAGAAGUUGGCCCUCCAGAGGAGAGCAGUAGAACUGGAAGACGAGUUGAAGGUUCUGGGAGACCUGAAAGCAGACAACCAGAGGCUCAAGGAUGAGAACGCUGCUCUCAUUCGCGUUAUCAGCAAACUGUCCAGAUGAGUUCCCCCCCCCCCCCCCCCCAAGCCCCCCCCAAAAAAGAACCUUAAUGUAUUACAGGACAGAGCAGAGUUACAAACCAUGUCAAACACAUCCAAGGGUAACCGAACAGAAUUUCAGGGCUAUUCGCAGAUUUACUGUAUGAGAAGCUGAAGUGCACCUUCUGUGGACUGGGGGCGUUCUCCUGUUCAUAUUCUCUUUUAGCUUCCAUUUUAUUUGUUGUUUUUAACUGGAAUGUUUUAAGUGCUUCACUCCUUGUUUGUCUAAACUUUGUGUUAAGACAGGGGUUUUCAACUGGUUUUGUCCAAGGGGCCACCAUUAUAAGCAAGAAGCAACUUUGGGACAACUGCUUUGGCGGAAUAUUAUUACAUCUUGCACCGAAGGAGGAUAGACCUAUACAGGCUAUUUUACAGUGCCUUGCGAAAGUAUUCGGCCCCCUUGAACCUUUCAACAUUUUGCCACAUUUCAGCCUUCAAACAUAAAGAUAUAAAAUUUAAAUUAAAAUAAUUUAAUUUAAAUAAAAGAGGGACACAAUCGUGAAGUGGAACAAAAUUUAUUGGAUAAUUUAAACUUUUUUAACAAAUAAAAAACUGAAAAGUGGGGCGUGCAAUAUUAUUCGACCCCUUUACUUUCAGUGCAGCAAACUCACUCUAGAAGUUCAGUGAGGAUCUUUGAAUGAUCCAAUGUUGUCCUAAAUGACUGAUGAUCAUAAAUAGAAUGCGCCUGUGUGUAAUCAAGUCUUCGUAUAAAUGCACGUGCUCUUUGAUAGUCUCAGGGUUUUGUUUAAACCGCAGAGAGAACCAUGAAGACAAAGGAACACACCAGGCAGGUCCGUGAUGCUGUUGUGGAGAACUUUAAAGCCGGAUUUGGAUACAAAAAGAUUUCCCAAGCUUUAAACAUCCCAAGGAGCCCUGUGCAAGCAAUUAUAUUGAAAUGGAAGGAGUAUCAGACCACUGCGAAUCUACCAAAACCCGGCUGUCCCUCCAAACUUUCAUCUCAAACAAGGAGAAGACUGAUCAGAGAUGCAGCCAGGAGGCCCAUGAUCACUCUGGAUGAACUGCAGAUAACUACAGCUGAGGUGGGAGAGUCUGUCCAUAGGACAACAAUCAGUUGUGCACUGCACAAAUCUGGCCUUAAUGGAAGAGUGGCAAGAAGAAAGCCAUUUCUCAAAGAUAUGCAUAAAAAGUCUCGUUUAAAGUUUUCCACAAGCCACCUGGGAGACACCAAACGUGGAAGAAGGCGCUCUGGUCAGAUGAAACCAAAAUCGAACUUUUUGGCCACAAUGCAAAACGAUAUGUUUGGCGUAAAACAACACAGCUCAUCACCCUGAACACACCAUCCCCACUGUCAAACAUGGUGGUGGCAGCAUCAGCCAAAUACAGGACCAUUCUGGAAGAAAAACUGUUGGAGUCUGCAAAAGACCUGAGACUGAGACGGAGAUUUAUCUUCCAACAGAACAAUGAGCCAAAACAUAAAGCCAAAUUUACAAUGAAAUGGUUCACAAAUAGACGUAUCUAGGUGUUAGAAUGGCCAAGUCAAAGUCCAGACCUGUAUCCAAUCAAGAAUCUGCGGAAAGAGCUGAAGACUGCUGUUCACAAACGCUCUCCAUCCAACCUCACUGAGCUCGAGCUGUUUUGCAAGGAAGAAUGGGCAAGAAUUCCAGUCUCUCGAUGUGCAAAACUGAUAGAAACAUACCCCAAGCGACUUGCAGCUGUAAUUGCAGCAAAAGGUGGCCCUACAAAGUAUUAGCGCAAGGGGGCCGAAUAAUAUUGCACGCCCCACUUUUCAGUUUUUUAUUUAUUAAAAAGGUUUAAAUUAUCCAAUCAAUUUCGUUCCACUUCCCGAUUGUGUCCCACUUGUUGACUCUUGACAAAAAAAUAAACUUUUAUAUCUUUAUGUUUGAAGCCUGAAAUGUGGCGAAAUGUUGAAAGGUUCAAGGGGGCCGGAUACUUUCGCAAGGCACUGUAUUUGCAUCGGUAUGUCUAUUUUGGGAAUCUCAGCUACAUUUGGCAUAGUUUGGGUUCAGAAAAUUAGCUGGAAAAUAAAUCAUGUUGAAAUAAUAAAUUAAUUGUAUUUUUAAAAAUGUGAAUUAUUUUCCAUUUCCUUAGACCACUCGGGGCCGGAGACCACCGGUUGACAAUCCCUGUGUUAAGAGACUAAAAGCCAUGCUAAUUAAUAUUUUUGACCUCAAAGCUUGAAGUGAAAGAUACUCUUGAUUACUAGGAAAAGAAAAAAAUGCAUAUGUGCCAAAUCUUGUCCAAAUUGAAUGAAUGAAUGUGGUGUAGCCUGUCUUACUCUUUGGGAUGAGUCUGGACUUUUCCUUUUAAACUGCUGCAAAGCCGGACCAAGCAUGUAAAAAAAGUUUCUCUGUGUGUGUGUGUGUGCGUGUGUGUGUACAAAAGUGUAAAUGGUGUACAUACAGGAAAGAACAGCGGCAUUUGACAUUGUCAUUUCAUAUUACUUUCUUUAAACUGGAUGUUGCUGAAUGCAUCAGCUUGUAAGCAAAGUACAGUAAUUGCCCUGGAAUGUCUUUCUACUGUUAAGUUGACAAGGCCCAAUAAGGGCGAACCUGUCCACUGUUUACCGUACUGCCAUUUAAUGAAACACAUUGCAUGUCAGGUAUUGUAAUGCUGUGCCUUCAAGUAUUUGCUCUAUUUUGUUAUGACAGAUUAAUAUUGUUAAACAAUAACAUACAUACAUUGGUAAACGAUAACAUACAAUGA